AUGGAAAGUGUCUUCACAGGAAACCGGACCAUUACCAGAUUUAUCCUCCUUGGCUUCCACAACAUUCCUGAGCUUCACCUCCUUUUCUUUAUUGUGUUCACUGGUGUCUAUGCUUCCAUCAUCAUUGGAAAUAUGCUGAUUAUUGUGGUAGUGGUCAGCUCCUCAAGACUCCACACACCCAUGUAUUUCUUUCUGGUUAAUCUGUCUUUCCUGGAGAUCUUGUACACCUCCACCGUGGUGCCAAAGAUGCUGGAGGGCUUCCUGCGGGAGGCAGCUAUUUCUUUGGCUGGUUGCUUGCUCCAGUUCUUUAUCUUUGGCUCUCUAGCUACUGCAGAAUGCUUUCUGUUGGCUGUGAUGGCCUAUGAUCGCUACCUGGCAAUAUGUUAUCCACUCCGCUACCCAUUUCUGAUGGCGCCUAAGUGGUGCUUGGGGCUGGUGAUCACAUCCUGGCUGUCUGGCUUUAUGGUAGAUGGACUGAUUGUGGCUCUGAUGACCCAGCUGAGGUUCUGUGGCCCCAACUACAUUGACCACUUUUACUGUGACUUCAUGCCUUUGGUAGGCCUGGCUUGUUCAGAUCCCAGAGUGGCUCAGGUGACAACAUUUGUCCUUUCUGUCGUCUUCCUCACAGUUCCCUUUGGGCUAAUCCUGACAUCUUAUGGUCAGAUUGUGGUGACUGUGCUGAGAAUUCCCACCGGGGCCAGCAGGAGGAAGGCUUUCUCUACGUGCUCCUCUCACCUUGCUGUAGUGACCACAUUCUAUGGAACCCUCAUGGUCUUAUACAUCGCACCCUCUGCUGUCCACUCCCAGCUCCUCUCCAAGGUCUUUGCUCUGCUCUACACAGUGGUCACCCCCAUCUUUAAUCCUGUGAUCUACACGUUAAGGAACAAAGAGGUUCAUCAAGCUCUACAGAAACUCCUCUACCUUAAAAACAAUUGA